AAUAUUCAAUGUCACUGUGUCAUCAUUUGCUCCUCCUUUAUCUGCUAUGAAGUGUUGUAGAUGCAAUGAAAAUGAAGCUGUACUGAGAUGCAGACAAUGUGGUGUGUUGAGAUAUAUUUGUCGAGAAUGCGAUGAUGAUGUCCAUGAGAAUAAUCCUCUCCAUGAUCGAGAAGUGUGGUUGGAUGGUUAUUUUCAAUAUAUCAAGCCAACACAAUCCAUUUCAUCUGAUGGAAAGAUUUGCAGCAUUGAUCGAUCAUGUCCCAUCCUUUACCCAUCAUCAUGUCAGUUGUGUAAUGAACCUAUCAUCAAAACUACCAACAGCUCUCUUGUGAUUAUGAUCACUUGUGAAGGACGAUUUGAUCUUAAUUGGUUCACUGUACAUUGCUCAUCUUGUCAAUGGAAGUGGUCACCAAUUUCUGUUGACAGUAUAAUUGAGAGUGGCUGGUGGCCUGGUAGCCCUGAAAAUUUUCAUUACAUAUUUAGUCAAGAUGUCUUUAAUUUGUGGGAUGCAUUUAGAAAGAGGAUGCCUGGGUCAUCACAAUCUGCUUUUGUAAGAAGUUUGGAAGAUAUUUCCAGCUCUAGAGGAAGGGAAAAUAUUAUCAAUUCAGUCACAUUCAGAAAAUCAUUUGCUGAAUGGAGCUAUUGCCAACAUGAAAUUGACCUUCUUCAUGAGCAGACAUGGAAAAAUUGCCCUCCUUGUAGUAUUGAUCAACAUUCAUGUCAUAUUGAUGGAAAUCAAAAAGUGUACAGAUUCAGCAAAGUACCAAGGGGUCCAGUCCAGUGUUAUUAUCGUGAUGUAUUGAUUGCAAACAAUAGUUUUGUGGACUCUCAUUUAAAAAGUCUUUGUUCAAAGUCAAUUCAGAAUGAAGAUAAUUCUUGUGGCGACACCCAUUGGAAAGCUGCAAAAAUGGUCUCCAAAUCAAAGAAAAACCAAGACGAGACUGGACUUGAAGUUGCUGGAUGCAGGCACUCGAUUGCUCAAGCUACUUUGAACAUGUUCAGAGGAGAAAUUUAUGGCUAUGCUCACUACUUGCAUAUGAAUUUUUUACAACCACAUAAAGUUAAAUAUAUAUGGGAAGAUAUUAUAUGCAAAUAUUGGCCUUGGGCUCUACGUGUUACAUCGGAAGAAAAUCAAAAUGCGCUAAAAAAUAUUGCACCAGCACUGUCUAUAAUGCAUGGGAAAUCACACAGUUGGUCAUGUCAGGUUAUUUGGAGCGGAAGAUGGCAAAGUGGUGCGGCAGCAACUACUGGCGAAGAAGUUGAGCAAAUAAAUUCGUAUUUGUCAAGACUUGGCUCGACUACUAAAAAUAUGACGGCCUCCGGACGAGAAGAAUGCAUUACUGAACACCUUCUGAGUUGGAACAAGCGAAAAAUUUUAAACUUGGCAAAAUCACUUGUUAUUCGAAUGAAAAAGACCGAAAGGAAACUUUCAUCUGCCAGGGACGAUUUUGUAAAGUUAAGAAGCGAACUUAAUGUCCAGGAUUCUGACUUGGACGACUCGAUAAUGCAGUGGAAAGAAGAAGUUCAACAAUUUGCGAGAGAACAACAAAUUGGAGUUUCUUCGUUGAAAGGUGCCGCCGAAGAGUUCUUCCUUUUGCAUCAAACUGUUGAAAAUGCUCAACAUUUGGAGAAUUUUGUAAGAGCCAACGAUGAUCAAACGCAGACAUUAUUGGGUGAUAGGCGUUUCGUUCAUGACGCUCAAAACAAAGUGAAACAACUUGAACGAAAUGCAACAAGAUUGCUGGAAUUGAAAAGACAGCUUUUAGAUGGACAUGUGACAGAGGAGCAGCUUCUUGAGCAAGGAAAGUCGCAGCUGGCAAAAUCGACAGUAGCAAAGCUGCAGAAGAGAUUAGAAAUGUUGUAUUUUUCAGUCACUAGACGCACAAAAGAAAUAACUUCUCUUGCUGAUUCUAGCAAACGAAGAUCUUCCAUGAGAAAGAAAUGCGCUAAAGAGAAGUCCGAAAUAACAUCCACCGUAGAAGAGUUAAAUUGCCUCUCAAGUCUGUGUGGUCUUCCUACGACAAGUGCGGAAGAAGUCAUGUCUGGAUAUUUUGUUUGGUCGUUUAACCAGUGUGACAUAGAUAGUACGACUUCACCUGAUAUACCUGUGCGUUUCAAGGCACAAAUUGUCGAUAAGUACAUGUUAGUUAAAAGAUUGGAAGAGGAAAAAGCACUUCUGAACAUGGAGAUGAAAAAUUAUAUGAUUUAUUAUUUGGAAAACGUUUUGCCUCUCCUUUGUGAAAGAAAAGAGAAGAUUAAAGAUAGGAUAGUAUUUACAAAUAAUGUUGAUGAAUCUGAUGACUAUUCUUUCCUUGAAACAGAGAGCUUUCUUCUAGAUGAAUAUAAACAUCGCUAUUGUGUGCGAAAAGACACAAUGAAGACUCUGCAUGGUCGUCUCGCCAUCACAAACUGCGGAAUUGCAUUUGCCAGAGUGCAGUUGAAAAAAGGUUUUCAAUACUUUCACGACUUAGAACAGUCCAUAGUCAACGUAUACGGUAGUGACAGUGAAUCAGACUGUAGCGAUGAAGAUGACGUUCGUGAAGAUGACGUUUAUGAAGAUGUUGAAGAAGAAGAUGCAUAUAAUUCGUAGUAUUUUGUUGCUGAAAGCUGUGCUAUCAUAUUUUUGUGUGCAAUUUUUAUAAAUAGAAAAUUAUUUGCAUGUUGCUCUUUUUGUAAAUAAAAUGUAUGCACAUACACUUGCAAGUAUAUACAUCUAAGAAGAUA